UGCUUCCAAGUGCCCGCUCAUCGUGAAGCAAAGUAUUUCAACUGUCUUUCACACAAUAGGGAUGCCCUAUGCUUCCAAGUUUUUCAACGGUGGACGCCCAGAUUUUGGUAAACUGGCUCACUUAGACGAUGAAUUGGCUAAAUACUAUAGAAAGGGAAGGUUGGAUUUUAGAAAGGAGAGUGUCUGUAUUUCACUUACAAAGGCCAUUUUCCAACACGAGUUCGGUUUGCGGUGGUCCAUUCCGCCUGGCCAUCUUUGUCCUGCAAUACCUUCACGACUAGAAUAUCUAUGUUGGAUAGAAACACUUUUGAAAUUCGAAGGUGAUUUGCAACUACCCAUUCGAGGUUUAGAUAUAGGAACUGGAGCAAGUUGUGUUUAUCCACUUUUAGGAGCCAAACUUUUGGGGUUCUAUUUUACUGCUACAGAAGUAGACCAAGAAAGUUAUCAAAGUGCCUUGAAAAAUAUUCAGGAUAAUAACCUUGAUUCACAAGUUGAAAUAAGAAAAGCUUCUCAAGGUGAAAUAUUGCACGGGGUUAUGCGAGGAACAGAUACUUUCCAUUUUGUUAUGUGCAAUCCUCCUUUUUUUGCAGAUAUGAGUGAGUCAAGUAGUCAUCCUUUCAGAGUGAAAACCGGAGAUGGAAGGCAAAUGGUUACGAGUGGAGGUGAAGUCAGUUUCAUUUCACAGAUGGCACGAGAGAGCGUAGAAUGGAGCCAAAAUAUUCGCUGGUUUACUUCUCUUGUCGGUAGAAAAAAGGAUUUGGGUAUUUUACAACGAUACAUUCAACAAAAUAUUACAACAGAGGUCCGAAGGACGUGCUUGAAACAAGGUCGGACGAGUAGAUGGAUCAUUGCUUGGAGUUUUAAGAGUCACGGAGCGUUGGUGACUGAAUAGCUAACCAGUUCGUAUGUAUCAUGUUGUAUCAAAGGCUAUUUAUAGUACUCUCUGCAUAGUUGCUCUGGUCUAAUUUUUAGUAUGAAACUCUUAUAUUCCAUCAGUAAACACAUUUCAGCAAAA